GAGAUGCUAGUUCAUAUGGACUGUGCUGGAUGUGUCAGCAAGAUCAGGAAAGCUCUCCAAAAUCUCAAAGGAGUAGAUAACGUGGAAAUAGACAUGUCAAUGCAAAAGGUAACAGUCACAGGAUCGGUUGAGCAGAAGAAAGUGCUCAAGACAGUGAGAAAAACUGGAAGAAGAGCUGAACUUUGGCAAUUACCUUAUAAUCCUGUGCUCAGAAAUCACAACUACACCGUCUACAAUCCACACAGCUAUGGCGGUUGUGGUGGUCCAGCCACCUAUUACGCCACCUCUCAGCCGCCUGCAGCCUCCUCCUACAACUACUACAAGCAUGGCUAUGAUCAUAGCAGCCAAGAUUAUGGUUAUUUUAGUAGUUACAGCAGUCAUCAAUUUGGACAUUCGACCAUUUUCGGUAGCCGGGUUGGUGAGGUAUUUAGUGAAGAAUCUGUUCAUGGUUGUUCCAUUAUGUAA